AUGUUUCGACGUCGGAAGAUUAGAAAUUCAUCUACUGAUUUAAAAACGAAAACCAUGGACAGCUCAUGCAUGGACUAUUGCAAAGAACUUAAAAAAAAUAAAAAUCAGACGACGUGCUCAUCGGCCUCUCCUCUACCUGGCUGUGCUAGCACCAGCCUGUCUUUGAGCGCGACACAGGGUCUAGGCAGCUCUAACUCUAAGCGACCAAGGUCCCUUUACACAGCCCACACCUACCAGGGACAGUACACUGAGGAGUCUGAAUUUCGGACCAGCCAGACCCCAAGCUGGCACUGCCAUGAACCAGCUGGAUCGCGGUUGCACUUGUCCCCUCAACGACUUGCUGAGUUUGACCAACAUCUGAUAGAGUCACUACAGCCCUCCAAAGAGCAGUGGUCUCAACUGUCGGCCGGCUUUCUCGCUAAUAUCCCAGCCAUAUUGUGGCGUCAGCAGCAGCACCGUCAUCAUCGGCAGUACCAGUAUCCACAGUCUACCAAGUAUCUAGGCUUCAGCAAGUUGUACCCCAGCAAGGAGACCUGUGGCUAUACUGAAAGUCUAUCACGAGAGCAUGAGCCCAAAACUGGUCUGUCCAGUGCCAUAGUUACUUCUCAUGGCACGAUAUCUCUUUGGCUGCACAAUGAGAUCCGGCUCGACAUAACCAUUGACAGAGCUGUCAGAAUAAUCAACUUAAAGAACAACAUUGUGCUAUCGCUUAGUGGCUCUGGUUCCGCCUCAGCACUACUCCAUCCCAAUGGUCGCAUAUAUCAGUAUGGCUCACGUGUAGAAAUCCUGGCCCACGACGUUCACAGAAACAACAAGUAUGCAAAGAUGUGGUACAAAGGGGUCAGUUUUACUUCAGAGCAGUGCGCCCUUGUGUAUUUGGUCGAUGCCGCAGGUGCAAGGACGACGACAGAUACGUUUUCAGACAUGAGUCAGGAUUUCUCUGUGAACGUUUUCUAUGCCGAGUCAAGGCAUGGGCCAACAUGCGUCCCCGAAGCUACUGCAGCUCUGUCAGCAGCUCAGUUCUGGACUACCGACGAGGGUGUGGAAAACUGGAUCAUCAACAAUGUUCGGAUUUCGCAGACUUUAGAUGGACUUGUUAGAAUUGCUCGGAACAGUAACAAGUACCAAUUAAGAACUUCACCAAGUAAUGGAACAGCUUCAUUGACAACGCCAUUUUUGCAUUGCACAGCGUCUCUAGGUCAAACACCUCAUCUGUUCGUACGUCGCGGAGAGAGGCGCAUGCACUAUGAUGGCACUAGCUUUAUUGUAAGAAAUGCCGGGCACAGUGCAGGUUUUGAUGAUAACAACCAGCUAAAAGUUUUCUAAACUUUUUGCCGUAAA